CUCGACAACGGCCAUUUCAAUCAACAACACUCUUGCUUGUUUUUAUCUUUGGAUCCAAGUACAUAAUAGUGGUUUAUGUGAGCCUUUUGCCUUAUAUUGUCAUUUGCUCUUUUCUGUCUGCUGUUGCUUGAGUUCUCCUCUCUGCUUCCAGGAGCCCACCGACUGGGUUCUGCACCAAAAACCCUCACCGUCCACAUCGUCGUCAACGCUCAUCGUCUGUACUUACGGCCGAUGGCCGUCAUCCCUGUAUGAUUGCGAUUCAGCUUUGACUUCUUUGGAGAAGCCCAGUGCAUCGCCUUCCCGUCUUAGCCGCUACCCCGUCCUUGCGCGGACCUCGAAACCUACGGUUUCUUCGAACUAUCCCCUUAACUAUAGACCGAUUUUGAAUUCUCUACCCCUCAAUAAUUUCACUAUUGGGACCGAAAACCGCUACGGCUGUUAUGAGAUAGAUGGAGGUCACAAACCUCAUUUCGAACCUGCCGCUGAAACCCGGUACCAAGUCAAAAGAUGCUAGUCUACACGAAACUACAAAAGACCACAUUUCUGAUCACUUUUCACACGAUAGCACUGCAAUGAUGGCUGUCUCCCCCAAAAAUCAUACAGUUCUUGAAAAUGGGUAUUCAACGCCACCUGACCCGUCCCCAUCUCACGAUGGAAGCACCGGGAACUUAGUAGCCCAACAAGCUUCAUCCGUGAAUCCACCCCCCAAACAUGUCGCUUUUGAAUUGUUGCUUGACGAAGAGUCGAAAAUGAAAGCAAGAAUACCAAUGAGGGUACAGAUCUUUCCCCAUGAUACUACGGACUCCAUCGUCACGACCGUGAAAAAUUUCUACGGUAUCUAUGAUGGAACGGGUAGCGGUGUGAGUUUCGAAGACGAAAAUGCGACGACCUUGAUCGCACGCUACGAAAAUCUGCGGAACAAUAUGACGGUAUACGUCCGUGUGAUCCCAAAUCACGGUCACUCGGCUCGCCAGCCGUACUAUGGAGGACCUCAAAAUGAGGGUGCCGCCCGCCCUUGUCUUGGAGAGCCAUUCCGACCGUCGUCAAAUCAUGGUCGGCCGCCUUCAAGGCCGACAUCUAGGGUUUCACGGAAGCGUAGUGCCUCUCCGUCUGGACGUGGACGUCGAAGUGCAUCUACUCAAAAGGCGCCACGAUCGGGCAAUAAAAGUCGCGGCUCCAGCACCCAUGGUAGCUUCCUCGAAGAUGCCCUAGUCCCCUAUAGCGACAGUGAUGGUGGUCACGCCUCCAUCACUAGCUCAAAGAAAGGGAGAAAUGAUCAUUUCGCCAGCUCCGACAUCAGUAUGGAAAACAUCCUUCAUGAUGGUCGAAGGAAGAGACCAAAAUUUGACAGUUCGGAAUUACCCUUGUUCGCUCCUCCCCAAGUCCCUAGAACCACAUCUACCUCAUCCAUAUCGCCCCAACGACGCACGACGAUCCAGGACGGUGCUUCACCCUUCGCAAGGCCAGCACAUCCUUUUGGAGCACAACACCCAUUGCAUUCUCCUCAGGGUCUUAGAAAUCACGAGCAGUUAUAUUCUCUUCAAGGGAAUUCUCCUUACGCCACACCUGGAGCCCCACACCACGGGCAUCAUCUGCGAGAACGUACUAAUUCUCACUCUGUUGGAUCGUACGGAAACCGAGUAAACAACUAUGGUAUUCUUCCGACCCCAGAUCCCACAAUCGCGAGUUGCAUCUCAGACGAAGAUGUGGCUAUGCAGUUAAUUCGGCUUGGUGAUGCGUCGAAUUUCUCCCACGGCCGCACCUCUCUGUCCACAGCGGACGAUGCUUUUAGUGGCAUUGUCGAUGCUUCAUCGACCGGGGCAACUUCGGACGGAGAGAUGAGUGGAGAUGAAGAUAUACUACCUCACAAAACAACACGAAUGGAUCAUGACGGCUGCGACCCGAGCAGCGAUGGCAUUGAUGGGGAGUAUCAACCGGAGGGUCUCCCUGUCGCUCUAAAGAGCGAGUGUGAAGAUGGUGAUCAUUAUGACGCUCAAGCUGCGAGGGCCAAACGAGCCAAGCACAAGCCAAACGCAAUGGCUAGUGCAAAAACAAAGCAGGGUACAAUCUCCAAGUCAGCCAAGGUCACAAAGGCACGUUCCACUACGGCGACUCGAAAGACAAAAUCGGCUAUUGUCAGCGGCACCAACAAAAUCGCACCCCCGCCACCUCCGAUCAUGAAUGCGCAAGUGGCACGCAAAGCGUCUGGAUCCGGAUUGAAUUUCCAGCACCAGCUCGCAGCCGACGAAGAGGACUUAUCCACCAAACCACGGUGCCAGCGAUGCCGCAAGAGCAAGAAAGGUUGCGAUCGGCAACGACCUUGCCAGCGAUGCAGGGAUGCCGGUAUUGGUAUUGAAGGGUGCAUCAGUGAGGAUGAAGGCAACGGGCGCAAGGGUAGAUAUGGACGCCACAUGGGCGUGCCUAUCAAGAAGGUGAUGAACCCAGUCCCUGCCGGUUCAGAGCCCCAGACCAUGGGACUUUCAUUUGCCUCAGCUUCUGCUGCUCAGGCUGCCAGUAAGAAAAGAAAGAGAUAAUUCCUCCGGGCUAUCCAGUAUCUAUGCUAUCGCAGUCCGGGUUCCGCAAUUUAUAUUAUUUUUUAACGAUGUCAAUUCGGGCCCUUGCUGCCACCCAGUCCGCCCAUCCCUCGGACACGCCCUGAAUAUGACCGGCGGAAUGUCUUAUUCACUGUGAUAACUCUUCUCACUAUGGUAUGCUUGUCCUUUAUCGAUGUUUAGUCUAUAGCUUAUAUUUGGAGUACUGCUUAAGUGUUUCUGGCAUUUUUCAAUUUGAUGUGUGUUGUUCCAAGCAUAGAGCACCAGCUCCAUUCAUGACUUUCGAGAAGGCAGGUUUCCUUGCCCGGUAGUAUAACCUUAUAUGUUAUCAAUCGUUUUAUUCUGAGGAAGCCUUUCUUCUUUACACUCGUUUUCCUAUUAUCGGGAUAGGUUAUCCUCUCCUUCGCCCUCUCUCCUUGAGUCAAUUCCUUGCAUUGCUGUCUCCUUUUCAGUUUUUCCUCUUCUUUUUAUUUUUUUCCUUCUCUCUCCUUUUUCCCCUUGUUCCUUUUCCGAGCAAUGCGCCUAUCUCACAGUAUCUAUUUAAUUGAUGCUUGUUGCUGAAUGCCCUAUCUCUCGAGGUCCCUCUCUCCCAGUUUCCCGUUCUUUUCCAUACUGGGCUUGGAGAGGCUACGAAAAAGAUGCUGCUUCGAUGCACCAUACACACUCCCAGCUUCAUUUCAUUUCUCUAUGUGUUUAGCUACUGUCCUUACUGCAUAUGUUUAUAGCUAUUGUUGGGGUGUCUUGUAUUCGGUUAUGAAUUCCUUUCUUAUCCCACUGCUGCUCCCAUUUGCUCUGCCGCGAUUGUGAUUUGUCGUCGAGUUCGAGUCUACAAGUAAUAUGUAGCGAGUACUGCGUAUAAUCUUAUCUUAUUCAGGCUGAGUUGACAGUCACGCGACGCGGCGUUCCGUGUAAGUAGCGGCACAGUCUCGGGGAUCCUGAUGCGCUCUGAGCUUCGCCGUUCGCAGCUGUAUCUGCGCCACCGGCACACUUCCAAUGGCAAAAGGUCGUUUGGCGUGCGAUUCACCUGACCGCUGACUGGACGAAAGCUGUAGCCUCGCCGGAGCCACAGGGUAAUUAACCGUAUAUGGUUAGCGCUAAAAUUGCAAGUGGGGGCGUCGGAACAUCAACGGGCCGAUACGAUUCCGAAAAGAGUCGGCGGUGGAAACUGUGGAUGCGGCGGAUUUGAAGGCGGGCGAGUUGAUAUUAGGCCGGGGAGAAUCAGCGAUAGUUUCUCUUUAUUCAGAUAGCAUUUCAUCCUGCCUAUAUUCAGGCGAUAUAGGCAUACUUGCGAUUUGGAGUUUAAAUCUAUAAUGACAUAGCGCACUGUU